UGCAAACAACUCCACAUUAUAAAUCGAGCAUCAGGAAAGCAGAGUCUUCAGAGGAGACAAGGAGGUUCAGUACACUUACAUCAUCCUCGCGAGCUGCUUACCUGCUAAGGAAUACUACACCUAGCUCAAGUCCUUGCCACGGAGUUUGACUUCUUGUUGCGCUACUCCUGUAACAAUGUUGCGAGUUUCGGUACCUGUGUUUGUUGUUUUUUGCUGUACUAUGGGCUUGUACUCCGAGAAUGCCCAUGCCGGGUCAAUUCUACUCAACUCUAAUGCUAUCAAAAACCUCCCCGGAGGGGUUGCAAAUCCCAGCCACCCGGUCAGCGCGAGCCCAGACGUUCUACCUUUUGACAGCGGCAGUCAGAACAUGGCGAUUGAUACUUUACAGCCUACAAGUUGCGUGGUCGACGAAGAUUGCGGUGAUGAAGAGUUUUGCUACGGAUCCAGAGGCGACUGUCUUCCAUGCAAGAAACGUAGGAAACGUUGUAUCCGGGACGCUAUGUGCUGCCCUGGCAACCACUGCAGCAACGGAGUGUGUUUGCCCAAUGACUCUGACACUGCUCAACACACUGGUGCUGAAGAGGCUGUGUCUGUCACUUUCGUGCAAGACGAUAACUCAACAGUGGAAGUAAAUUCCAAGCGUGCAUCCCAGGGGAAAUUGCAAUCACUCAAAGGUCAGGAGGGUGAGAACUGUUUGAGGUCCACAGACUGCUCAGAGGGACUCUGCUGCGCCCGUCACUUUUGGUCCAAAAUCUGCAAACCUGUUCUGAAGGAGGGACAAGUGUGCACCAAGCAUCGCAGGAAAGGCACCCAUGGCUUGGAGAUAUUCCAGCGCUGCGACUGUGCGCACGGCCUUUCUUGCCGAACGCAGAAGGGAGAGAACAACAGCAAGGGUUCUCGGAGUCUCCACACUUGCCAAAGACACUGAGUCUCCACAGUCUGAUAUCUUCAGGACAUUGUUUAAGCCCAUCGGAGAGUUUUAAAGGAUUUUUUUUUUAACUUCCGAAGAGCAUUUUCAAGCGCUGAAGAGGGCAUUUGCUUUGGAUAUACUCUGUUCUUUUUCUUCAAUUUUGUUUUUCAAAAUAGCAGAGUAGCUUUGAUUGUUUCUCUUUUAUGGAACUUGAGAUUCACAAUGGUUGCAGUAAAUUACUGUAUUGUAAAUACCAUACUGAAAGUGGCACUUAACUCUAGUGAUUUCUGUCAACACAACUAUUCUAAGGGCAAGUGCUACAUGAUUCUACCAUGUUAUUGUAAAUUUAUAAACAAUGUGAUUUCUAUUGUUAUUUAGAAUCUUGAUAUAAAUGCCUAUAUUUUUAUUUGAAAUAAAGACACUGUAAAAAUA